UUCCCAGGCCCUUGACUCUGGGCCGUGGAAGGUGGGGGACCCCCAGGAACAGGGGCAGGGGGCCAGAGGCGCUGGGCCUGGGAGCGGGGGCUCUCGUCUCAGGGCAGGAAGUGUGAGGUGCAGAGCAGCUGGGGUGCCCCGGAGGCCGCGGGGAGUAGUGGGGGGGGUGAGUGUGGAGAGGGGAGCGGAAGUCAGAAGCUCCAGCCGCCACGUUCCCCAUUCAACGGGGUGGACAGAUCAGGCAGCAGAACCGUGCCUGAGGAGCCAGACCCACACAUCCCUUCCCGGGACCUUUGGAGGUGAGCAAGGGUAGAUGUGGGGUCCCGGUCACCCUCCUGGCCAGUGCUCCCUCUAAUCUACGCGAUGGGCUUGUGAAGGCGGAUGCUUUCUGGGCCUCCCGCGCAGCUUGCACUCUGUGGAUGAUGGGUGACGACAGACUCUGUGAACCUGCCAAACCUGUGGAGUUUCUCGACGUCUAUCUGGGAGAUAACCUGCGGCCCCACCCAGGGGUGCACCUGAGGGAGACAGGCGACCCUCAGGACCCUCUCCAGCCUUGGGGGGAGCAGACCUGGCCUUCUUACUCUCCGGAUUCAGUGAGGCAAGAUGCUUAUCCCGGGGCCUCCAGUCCGGAGCCCGUGCACCUGGGGAUCGGUCCUUCCCAGGAUGAGGCCAGGCAGCAAUCAGAAUCUUCCAGGUCACCCAGGGACAGCCAACCCCUGGGGAGCCCAAGGCAGAGCCAGAGCACAUCCACUCAGGUGGUGUUCUGGGCGGGCAUCCUGCAGGCCCAGAUGUGUGUCCUGGAUCUGGAGGAGGAGCUGGAGAAGACAGAGGGGCUCAGAGCUGAGCUGAGAUGCUGCCUGCCUACAGCCCCUACCGAUCUCCCCGCCUUCCCCUCGAGCCCUGUGGCCCCCCAGGACCCAGGACCCGCUGUGGACGUGGAUGUGGAUGAGGACGAGGCCUUGGGAGAAGACAGCAGCAGGCCCGAAGGGGACGACCAGAACCCGGGGUGGCUGAGGGAGGGGACGCCAGAUUCCUCCCCAGAGUGGGGUGCCGAGGAGGAGAGCCUCUUCUUUGACAACCCCCUCUUCCUGGAGAGCCCUUGCUCAGACACCAGUGCUUCAGAAACACACUUUUCCUGGGGAUUCUCAGACUCCUGUGCAGAUGUGACCACUGGGCCCCAGAGCCCACAGAGCCUGGAGCUGCCGCCCCCAGGAGGCAGAGUGCCCUGGCAGCUGGGCUCUGAGACCGACCCAGGGGACACAGAGAAUCCUGGGGGGCCCACCACGCCUCCGUUCCCCGUGCCCAUCUACCGACUGCACACUUCUGCCUGGGCCACAGUGGAUGCCGCCACCGAGGGGAUCCCCACAGCACCUUCUAGCCAGCGGGAGAGUGAGGCUCCCCUGGAAGACAGCCUUGACCUCAUCCAGUCUGCAGCAUCCUGUGAGGACAAAGCAUUGACCUGGGAAAUAGGACAAGUGGGAUCUGACUCCAGCACCACCCCCAAUCCUGUGCAACCUUGGGCCCUGCCCAGCCCUGAGGGUUGGCAGACAGAAGAGGUUCCUUCCUGGCCUCUGGAGCCUCUCAGCUCCCAGGACAGAGGUGACAGGGAUGCCGAGUAUCCCCAGGGGUCUGCUCCCUGCACUGAGACCCCUGGCUCCUGGGGGAGCCCUGCCUCUUCUCUGGAGCCGAGCAGCCCUGAGUCAGAGGGCAGAGGCCCCGGCCCCCAGCCCAGCCCCGUGUCUUCCUGCGAAGGCAGCCCGCAGCUCUGGAGCCACCAGCCAGGCAGCGAGCUUCCCAAGUGGGCACUAGAUGCUUCCAGCCCGUCACUCCUAGAGACAGAUGGUGCAGAGCCUCAUUCCCUGGAGACAGAGGAGGCGGGAGGCACUCUGAACCUGGGGAAGGAAGUAAAGAGUGAAGGCCCAGCCAGGACUGAGGAGGCUGGAGCUGUCCAGCCUGAUGUUUGCCUGACUUCUCCUGAAGGGCUUCCUGAGAGCCCCGUGCCCCAAGCACAGCUACCAGAGGAAGGCCUAGGGCCACAGGCUGGAGACAAGCUGGCUAAUGGCAUCAGGAACGACAAGAUGGCCUGGAACUUGGCCUCUCGCCUCUACCACCUGGAGGGCUUCCGGAAGUCCGAAGUAGCCGCCUUUCUGCGGAAGAACAGCGACUUCAGCAGGGCUGUGGCUGAGGAGUACCUCUCCUUCUUCCAGUUUGGAGGCCAGAGCCUGGACCGCGCGCUCCGGGGCUUCCUCCAGGCCCUGGUGCUCAGCGGGGAGACCCAGGAGCGCGAGCGGAUCCUCUACCAGUUCUCCAAGCGCUUCCAUUACUGCAACCCCGGGCUCUUCUCCUCAGUAGAUUGCGUGCACACUUUGACCUGUGCCAUCAUGCUCCUUAACACGGACCUGCACGGACAGAACAUUGGGAAGAGCAUGAGCUGCCAGGAGUUCAUAACCAACCUGAAUGGCUUGCAGGAUGGUGGGAACUUCCCCAAGGAACUGCUCAAGGCCCUGUACUGGUCUAUCCGGAGUGAGAAGCUGGAGUGGGCUGUGGACGAGGAAGAUGCAGCCACGCCCGAGAAGGCCCGGCCGUCUCCCCCAGCUGGCAAGAUGAGCAACCCCUUCCUCCAGCUGGCACAGGACCCCACAGUCCCCACCUACAAGCAGGGCAUCCUGGCUCGGAAGAUGCAUCAGGAUGCGGAUGGCAAGAAGACACCUUGGGGCAAGCGUGGCUGGAAGAUGAUCCAUACCUUACUGCGAGGCAUGGUGCUCUACUUCCUGAAGGGAGAGGACCUCAGGCUGGAGGGCGAGAGUUUGGUGGGGCAGAUGGUGGACGAGCCUGUGGGGGUGCACCACUCGCUGGCCACCCCGGCCACCCAUUACACCAAGAAGCCGCACGUCUUCCAGCUGCGCACAGCCGACUGGCGCCUCUACCUCUUCCAGGCACCCACUGCCCAAGAGAUGACUUCCUGGAUCGCGCGCAUCAACCUGGCGGCUGCCACGCACUCAGCGCCGCCCUUCCCGGCCGCUGUGGGCUCCCAGCGCAGAUUCGUCCGGCCCAUCCUGCCGAUGGGCCCGGCGCAGAGCUCCCUGGAGGAACAGCAUCGAUCCCACGAGAACUGCCUGGACGCUGCCUCCGACGAUCUGCUGGAUCUGCAGAGGAACUUACCGGAGCGCCGGGGCCGCAGCCGCGAGCUGGAGGACUACCGCUUGCGGAAGGAGUAUCUGGAGUACGAGAAAACCCGCUACGAGACUUACGUGGAACUGCUGGUGGCCCGUCUGCGCUGCCCUGCGGACAGCCUUGACCUGUGGGAGGAGCAGCUGGGGAGAGAGGCCGCCGGCACUCAGGAGCCCAAGCCCAGCCUGAAGAAGUCCCACUCCAGCCCGUCCCUGCACCAGGACGAGGCCCCCACCACAGCCAAGGUCAAACGCAACAUCUCAGAGCGCAGAACCUACCGAAAGAUCAUUCCCAAGCGGAACCGCAAUCAGCUGUGAAGCUGGUACCACCUCACCGACUCCUGGGUCUGGAGUGGACUGGGAAUGAAAUCCUUAGGAACAGCCUUGUUUCAGUGGCUCCCUGAUGGUGAUGAGGCCCCGCCCCUUCCUCCUGAAGGACAACAACGCUUCCCCAUGGUCCUCCA